CGGACCACAGGUGCGCGCCGCUGCGUCCCCUUGGCACGGCGCCCCGGAGAUGCUGGAGAGAGACGCGCGGCUGCCCUGUGGCGCGCACCUCUUCCCGUCCGCGGCAGCCUCCUUUUGACUCGCGGUGAUGGCCACCGCCACGUCGAACCACUUCGGCGUCCACGGCGCCCCUGGCAGCGCGCCGCAGCCUCCGCCGCCGCCGCCGCCGCAUACGGAAUCCGGCAGCAUGCAGCAACAGCAGCAGCAGCAGCAGCAGCAGCAGCAGCAGCAGCAGCAGCAGCACGCGUACAGGGACGCGCACGCCCUCCUCCAGAGCGACGUAUACGGCGGCUUGGCGGGCGGCGCGCACCCGCUCAGCCACGCGCACCAGUGGAUCGCGGCGCUGUCUCACGGGGACGGCGGGGCGACGUGGCCCCCCAGCCCCCUCGGCGAGCAGGACGUCAAGCCGGUGCUCCAGGACGCCGACCGCGAGGACUCCGGCGGCGACGCACAUCCCCACGCCGCGCAUCACGACGCCAGAGCAUGGCGCACCGGCAGCGCCGCCUCCACGCACAUCCCCGCCAUGGCGACGUCUGAGGGCCAGGGGCUGCUCUACGCCCAGUCCGGCUUCGGCAUGAUGCCCGGGGGGGAGCAAGGGGGAAUGCACCACCACGCACACCCGCACCACCACCACCCCCUGCGGGACGAGGAGCACCACAGCCACAGCCCGCACCUCAGCGAUCACGGGGGAGGGCCGGGGAGCCACCAGCCGCCGCCGCCGCCUCCGCCGCACGGGGGUCACCAGGACCACUCCGACGAGGACACGCCGACCUCGGACGAGCUGGAGCAGUUCGCCAAGCAGUUCAAGCAGCGGCGCAUCAAGCUGGGCUUCACCCAGGCGGACGUGGGCUUGGCCCUGGGGACCCUCUACGGGAACGUCUUCUCGCAGACCACCAUCUGCCGCUUCGAGGCGCUGCAGCUGAGCUUCAAGAACAUGUGCAAGCUGAAGCCGCUGCUGAACAAGUGGCUGGAGGAGGCCGACUCCACCUCGGGCAGCCCCACCAGCCUGGACAAGAUCGCCGCGCAGGGCCGGAAGAGGAAAAAGAGGACCUCCAUCGAGGUGGGCGUCAAGGGGGCCCUGGAGAGCCACUUCCUCAAGUGUCCCAAGCCCGGGGCGGCGGAGAUCAACUCGCUGGCGGACAGCCUGCAGCUGGAGAAGGAGGUGGUGCGGGUCUGGUUCUGCAACAGGAGGCAGAAGGAGAAGAGGAUGACGCCCGCCGGGGGGCAACUAGCAGGGGGGGAGGACAUGUACGGGGACAGCCCCCCUCACCACGGAGCACAGACCCCCGUGCAGUGACCACCAGUCCCCCCCUGGACCUUGCAGGCAACCAUUGCAAACAUCACAUGGGAUUUACACACAGCAGGCACUGGUGGAGCUUCUUCACGCUGCGGAACUCGCGGCGACUAUUAUGGGAUGUAUUCGGGAUGUGGCUGCUGUGGGGCCGACGAGAAAAACACGUCCCCCCCUCCUGUGUCCGUGUCUGCGUGUACGCACAGGUGCAGGCAGGUGCGUCAUUUGUGCCAAAUGCUGUGAAAUGUGGACUGGGGAGUCUUCGUGUGCAUGAGCCGCAGUGAGUGAGUGGGGGGGGUAAAAACACGCCAUCUUUCCGUGGAACAAUAGCAACAGGGGUUCCACGCCGACAGAAACGUGACAUUUCAAGCCAGCAAAAAAACACGAUCAUCAAUAUUGUUGAUAUUAUGAUUAUUGGGCAGGUCUCAUAUUCUUAUCGGUGGUGACAUCAUUCCUCUUCUUAUAUUAUCACGAAUAUUAUUUAGAGGUCAAAUUAGUUAAACAAUUGAAUUCAAGUGCUUUGAAAAUAAAUAUGAAAAUCAUUUUUGCUAUUUACAGCACAUUUGUACAAAAAAAAACAAUCUUUAUAAAAAAAAUUAUUUAAUAAUAAUAAUAAUAAUUGAGAGCUAUUAUUGCUUCACUUUAGAGCUUUUUCUGUGCAGUGUGUUUUUGCCGUUUGUUAUUUCCGUACUUUUCCAGGAAUAAAAAAAAAAAUCCAAUUUUGCCUUCCUCUCCCAUGAAGAUGGAGGACAUUAAGUUAAAAAAUAAAACAGAUGAUAUUGAUAAAAAAAAAAAGAAUUAAAAAAAAAGAAGGAAAUGUGUCCGCCUGGUAUACCAGCUCUAAAUGACUCAUACAUUCACCCAGACUAUUUGUGGGAUGUAACUCAGCUCUUUUCCUUUUCUUUUCUUUUGUAUACGCAUUGUUUUUGUAUGUUUCUCUUGUCAGUCUGUGCCAACACACACACACACACACACACACACACACACACACACACACACACACACACACACACACACACACACACACACACACACACA